AUGGGGCCCCUAAUCCGCAUGCUGGACCAGUCAACUCAACUGCAAAGAACAAACUGCGGUCUCAAUUCAGAGGAAGCUCAGAUCGCCGGCUGUUCGUUUGACAUGAUGAUGGUCAACUGGAUACCUCCGGAGUGUUUCAAUGAACAGCUUUCACUUCGCUAUUAUAAGUCGCUAAAACAACCAGUCUUUUUCCGCGAUGAGAAUCUCACUGAGCCCAUCGAUGACGACCCUCAAACCUUGUCGCAGUACACGGAUUUCUGGGGGUCACCGGAAUACCAUGACGUACAUUGUUUCUACGUUAUCUACCAGGGUGUGGAGGCUGCUGUCGAAGCUACUCGAAACGAGAGGGAUGUUUAUCUCAUGUCUCAUGCGACUGAUACGGGUCAUACGGAACAUUGCGUCAAUGCUAUUCGAGAGUCUAUACGGGGUGUCACUGACCCAACAAAGAUCAAUCGUAAUAACCCGCAGGAAUGUGUGCCAGUCUCAUCUAAGACAUCACGCUAA